AUUUGCCUUCCAAACACUUAGCGCUUUAUGGAUUCCAUAUCCAUUAUGUGAUUUCAUCCUCUGGCUGCGUUUUAAUAUAUUAUAGUGACUUUUUUCGUCUGAAUUAUGACACGCGAAUCUGUGUGUCCUCCCUCUUAGACUGUGGGUUUCCAGCUCAGACUUAGAACCAAGUUCUAAACAGUGUGGAGACUGUAAUCAGGCAGGAGGACUGCUUCAAGUUCGAGGCCAGUCAGGGCUACAAUGUGAGGCCGUCUCAAGUCAAACAAAAAUUCAUUAAGGCUUCACCCUUCAGUGUGCAUUUGCGGAAGAGCGAGCAGAGGAGGCCGAGGAAGCCCUAUCCCCAGUAAAGGCGGCAGAGCGGAACCUGCGGACGCUUUGGGCGCAUCGCUUCCGGGUCGCGAGGAAACACUUCCGGUGCAGCGGAUCGGCGGCACUGGAGACAAAAACUGCAACCUACACAGAAACCAGUUUCCACAGCUGCUGUGCCGGCUUAGUCUCCCAUCAACAGCUGUGGUGGCUUGAAUGAGAACAAACCCCAUAGGCUCCUAUGUUUAAAAGUGUGGUCUCCAACUGGGAAACUGUUUGAGAAGGAUUUGGAGGAGGUGUGGCCUUCAAAAACCCACACUAGACACAGUCUCUGCCCGCUGCCUGUGGAUAAGGAUCAGACUGGAACGCUCUCAGCUGCUGCUCCAGGGCCAUCCAUGCCUGUUUGCUUGCUGCCAUGAUGCUCAUGGACUAGCCCUCUGAAAAUAAUUUGGUUCUGGAGAAGGGUGACUCUUAAGAGGCCCCUGGCAGUGGUGACUUGGACCAUGGCCUCCGACCUAGACUUCUCACCUCCUGAGGUACCUGAGCCCACCUUCCUGGAGAACCUGCUGCGGUAUGGGCUCUUCCUGGGAGCCAUCUUCCAGCUCAUCUGUGUCUUGGCCAUCAUCGUACCCAUUCCCAAGUCCCAUGAGGCGGAGGCAGAGCAGUCGGAGCCCAGAAGUGCAGAGGUGCUGAAGAAACCCAAGACUGCCAUUCCUUCCACCAGCAAGAGGCCAAAGAAGGAGGCGAAGAAGAAGCGGUAGAAGGAGAGCAGAGCCCGUGGCCUUGGCCUUGGGGACAGCCCUCGUGGGAACCAGCAUCCUGUUUCCUCUCACAGACUGUCUCUGCCCUUGGCUGGGGUCUGAGGAGAUUGAAACUCCCUCUGACCACAGAGAUCUGAACAGUCCCCAGGCUCCAGCUGUGCAGACCACCACUUCCUCUUCCUUCACUCUGUGGUACAGAGGACUCCCAGAGCAAACCCUGCCCCCCCUGUGGGGGGGGGUCCCGAAGCCAGGUCAGGCUCACAGAGCCAAGUAUUCACGUUAAUCCUUGGGUCCAGUCGUGCUGUGGAGCUGUUAUCUAAGGCUACAAGCACAUCCUCUCCGUUACCUUGUCACCUUUUUUUUGUCACUUUUGUGUGUGCAGAACUACAUAUGUGUUCAGCCCAUUCACUGUGGCAGCCAGGUCCUGAAGGUGUUGGGGGAUGGAGGACAGCAGAAGGCCUGGGUCCUGUGAUGCCUGCACGGAAGGUGCUAGCUGGAUGAGGCCAGAUUUUCUGGGCUUUUCACUUUUAGAUCAACCUCCGUUCACCCAUUCUGACAUUCAAAGUGCCUUUGACUCUGACCUGACAUCCCCCGUGUCUUCAUUCCCUGACCAGUGAAAACCAAUUAUGUGGAGAAGUCAAAGCCAAUAAAUGAUCAUGCAUGCUGAA